UAAUCGAGCGGCGUGACGUCGAGCCGCAUCAAACGCUUCCCUUCAGGAUGGAGCUUUAUUACGCACGAAUACCUAAACGACUGGCCUGAUAUCAAAUUGAACGAUCAUAAAUAAUAACGCGAGAGUUUGCAACUUGCCUGCCGACUGUGGUCACAACUGUCAGCGGCGGAUACGCGCGUGACCCAGCGCCCAUACUGUUACUGUACACGGCCGCGGAGAUAAUAUUCGUAUGAAAAUAAUACAUGGCAUAAUCCCGAGGUAAGGACGGGAAUCGAGGGGCUGCGCAGAGCUGCGCGUUCCCCCCCGCGUUCACUUCUCUCGCCCUCGUGGAUGUGGAAGAUUACUGCACUAAACAGAUCCCCGUGCCUCCUUUAGCAACAGCGCGAGGAUUUUUUUACUCCUCCUUCGUAUUAAAGUCGCCAUUUUGCUUGACUGCCUAUGAAAGCUUCUUGUAUUUUCAUAUUUUUUGGCGGCGUUGCUGUGUAUUUGCGCGUGUGCUUUUGAGUUGGAUUUCAACGCGAGGUUACAGAGAGAGCUCGUGGAUUUCAUAUUAAUGAAGAGGGGCACCGUGUGGAGUCUGCAAACAAGGUGAAAGUGUUCAGCUUUCUCUUCCUCGGCUUUUUUUCCUCCUCGCCUCCUCUUCCUCCUUCUUCGUCAUCAUCUUCCUCCGCGGAUACGCGUGACGCCCGUCUGUCCGCGGCGGACGCGACCGACCCCCUGCGCGUCAGGUGCGUUUGCCAUGUAAAGUGAAGCGGCGCGACGCGAGAGUAAAGGCUACAGCCUGACCCCACGUGGGUGACCCCUCUCACCCGCUCACAGUGUUGGGUGGAUCGGGCUUUCCAGGCAUGGACGCCUCCAGUGGUGCCCGGGUGGUGAAACCGUCUUCGGGCAUGUCUAAGGGGCGCACUGCCAAACAAACCCACCCCCCUGAGAUGGCCCGGAUGGGAAGCACGGAAAACGACAAUCACGGCUCUUUCUCAGGUUCCUCCUGUACUGAGAAGUCAGAGGGCAAGAAGAAAGGGCGCCCCCGUGCCGAGGUGCAGGAACUGCGCAAUAUUCCUGCUCAUAUGAUAGUUCAGUGGAAAGAGGAGUUUAAAAGUCGUUCCAGGGUGAAAUGUCCGUGCUCGGGCUGCUGGCUGGAAUUCCCCAGUAUUUAUGGACUUAAAUAUCAUUAUCAGAGAUGCCAAGGGGCGACCAAAGCAGAGAAGCUGAGUCACAGAUGCCCAUACUGUGAGGCUGUGUUUGCCACGAAGGUGCGUCUUCAAAAGCACAAACUGUGGAACCACCCAGAAAGGGUCACCGUGGAGACCAAGUCUGGGGUCACCCUGGAUACCAAACCCGAUCUCAAGUCCGAACCCAAACAGCAGAAGAGCCUUGUGAAGGGCAAUGCCAAAAAAAGGCCCACAGAGAACAGCCCUCCGUCUCCCGCAUUUUUCAAGGUGAAGAAGACCCAGGAGGUAUCUCAGCCCUCACAGAACGGAGAGUGCACCCCCCAAAGACCGGAGAGGAGACUGCAGCACAGUUCUCAGCACCAGGGGACGUCUGUAGACACUGAGGGCAGUGACAGCGAGGAAGACAGUCUACCCCCACCAUUCCCCGAGGAGGAUCCUGAAAGAAUGAAGCACAGGAGGAAGCAGAAAACUCCAAAGAAGUUCACCGGGGAGCAGCCGUCUAUUUCAGGAACGUUCGGCUUGAAAGGGAUGAAUAAAGUGGAGGAGAAGUUGAAAGCAGGCCGGAUGAAAAGGGCGGAGGGGGCUUUGUUCACAGACGAGUCCCAAAGGAAGCAGUCAGCUCCAGCGGCCACCAGAAAAGAAUCUACUUCUAUCAGUUCAGUGCCCCCUGCUGAAGCCCAAUGGCAGAACACCAUCUCUGAGAGGGGAGAGGUGGUUUGCCCAACCUGCUCUGUCGUCACCCGCAAGACCGUGUCGGGCCUUAAGAAGCACAUGGAGAUCUGUCAGAAGCUGCGUGACGCUCUCAAAUGUCAGAAGUGCCAAAAACAGUUCCGAUCCAAAGCUGGACUCAAUUACCACAGCAUGGCUGACCACGCUAAGCCCUCGGCGAGCGAAAAUGUGGCUGGGGAGGAGCAGGAGGAGAGAGAGAGAUUACGGCGCGUCCUCAAACAGAUGGGCCGAAUCAAGUGCCCCAACGAGGGCUGUUCGGCUCAUUUCUCCAGUCUGAUGGGAUAUCAGUAUCAUCAGAAACGCUGUGGCUCAGAUGUGCUUGAAUCAGAGAGGCCUGUUUUCCUCUGCCAGCAUUGUGGUAAGGCCUAUCGCUCCAAAGCUGGUCGUGACUACCACCUGCGCUCUGAGCACCCCGCCACUGCCCCGCCCAUGCCGACGCUCACUGCUGAUGAGUGGAAAGAGGACGAGAGCAAAGAUGAGGAGGAGAUGCAGGAAGAUGAAGAACCUGUGCUGAAGAAGGGCAGCGAGAAGGUGAAGGAUCAAGAAGAGGAGCAGGAGGAGAAGAAAGAGAAGACCGAAGCACAGGAGCUGCUGGAUUUGGAGAGGACGCCCAGCGGCAGGGUGCGACGACGCUCGGCUCAGGUGGCCGUGUUUCACCUGCAGGAGAUCGCAGAGGACGAGCUGGCCAAAGACUGGGGCACGAAACGGCGCAUCAAAGACGACCUCGUGCCAGACAUCAAAAGGCUCAACUACACACGACCAGGCCUUCCUAGCUUUAGCCCCCAAGCUGUGGAGAGCUGGAAGAACGAAGUAAAGGAUAAAGGAUUCAUCUGCUGCCCCAAUGUUAACUGUGAGGCUAUCUACUCAAGUGUAUCUGGUCUUAAAGCGCACUUGGCAAACUGCAACAAGGGAGGGGGCGACAUAGGAAAGUACACAUGCUUGCUCUGUCAAAAGGAGUUUAGCUCAGAGAGCGGCGUAAAAUACCACAUCAGCAAGACACAUUCUCAGAACUGGUUUCGGGCGUCAACCCAUGAGGUAACUAACAACAAAAGAAGCGAGCCAGAGAGCAACGGCUUACAGAAAGUGGUGAAAAACGGCAUGCCUGGCAAGAAGAGGGGGCGAAAACCCAAAGAGCGCCCCCCGGAGAUGACCUUCCCAGCAGAGACUCACAGCUUCGCUCCUUCUUCAGUUCAGAUUCCACCUCAGGCCUCUGAAACUCCCACGCCCAACACCCCGAUCACACCCCCUACCCCUGUGGACAGCGUGAGUCCUGCCCAACCCAGAGACACACAGCCGCCUGUAAAGAAAAGGGGCAAACCUAAGAAAGUGCCGACCACUGAGUAACACAGCAUUUGCUACGUCAGCACCAGACGGGACUCCACCAGUAAACGAAUAAAACUCGAUUGAAUUCCGAAAUGGAGGAGAACACAGACGACAGAACGAGCAGAUCGAGAGGAUGCUAAACAGCAGAAACGUUUUGAUCUUGUAUUGAUUUCUCACUGAUCUUUGUGUUUUUUAAGCCGAGUAUAUACAUUACGUGUGCGCUUACGUAUGCUGGUAUAUAUUACUCCUGUUGUUUUUCCAUUCCAUUUUUAGAGUUCACUUUAAAAAGCUGUCCACUCGAUAAGAGUUUCCGGUUGAUAUACAGCACACAAUAUAGACGUAGGCGUUCACGGAAGCUUUUUAGAUGCGAAGUUACGAACAUAUCUACUGAAUUUGUGGGGUAGCUGCGUCAAAACAUGUCCGGCGGUUUCAUGGUUUUGUGUUCAAAGAAUAUCAAACUCAUUCAGUUAGCAUGGUGAGCUAAUUUACUGCUACAGAUAUACUCUGCUGUGUAUAUAUAAUAUCUAUAACUAUAUAUGAAUAUAUUCAAAGCAAUUCAUUUUCGUCCAUCGCUUUCAAACGAGGUGGGUCAAAACAAAGUUUCAGUGGUAAUCGUUUUGUUCGCUUUUUCUUGGGAUGCAUUUGGGUCGUUGGCAGCUGAAUGAAGGGUUGGAUUUGAGUCGACGGCUGUUGUAACAGUGCGCUGCUGUGCAGUAGUGUUGCUUUCGUGGUUUCGUCCUGUCUCGUGCUCGGAGUCGUGAGAGGUCUGAGCACGCAGCUUUGUGUAACUCGCAUCCCUUUGGGCUGUUUGCAGUAGUUGUAGUUUGCCACAGUUGGUCGGAGAUCAUUGUGAAAACCUUCAACUGCUUGGAAAUUUGGUAGUAGUUCAUUUAGUCUGUUUUUCGUUAUAAAGUACAAUGAAAAAAUGGGUUUUGGUCCCUACUGAAAAGACCAGUAUUGGUCUUGUCAUACGGGGUGCUUAACUAAGAAGGAAUAGUGCAGAUGUUUAAAGAAAUUCAAACAGAUUGCAAAAUAGAAGGUUUGUGGUGGCACAUGCUGCCUUGUAAAUUAAUUAAAAUAUGUUGGCUGGAAAUUGAACUCCAACAAAGCACAGGAAUGCCCUUUGACAUCUGUGAUGUCAUCAGUGUUCGCAUCAGCUACAGUUAGUGCUGCUCAACAGGACGACUCCAGCUAGCACUAAAACAUCAAGUACACUGAAUCCUCUAAAUGUUCAAGAUAGUUUACCCCAAAAUAAAAAAUGAUGUUUUAUACAAUAAAAGUAAAUGGUGAUGAGGCUCUAAAGCUCUUAAAAUGACGAAAGAGCACAGUAAAAGUAGUUAUGUCAGUCUUAAUAUCAAUUUUGUGUUUUAAAUACGUUUUUGCAUUACAGUAGGAUCAUUUUAUGUAGACUGUAAAAAACUUUACAGAUUUUUACUGUUUUAUUUUACAUUUUUGAAAUGCCGUAAAAAAUGUCAAAAAUGAGAAAUAGACUGCAAAUUUACAUGUUUACAGAUUUACAUAGAGUAACAUGACAAACAUCAUUUCAUUAUACGUAAACGUUACUUUACAUUUUUCUGCCGCCCUACUGUUUUUUACGUGUUUUUAUUACAGUGUAGGGAACUGUAAAUCACAAAAAAUGACUUGUAUGAAAUACUAUCAUGAAACUGUUCUUUUUUUUCAUUUUUGGAGCUGAAGAGCCCCUGUCCCCAUUCACUUUCAUUGAAUGUAAAAGAGCAGCAUAAACUGUAGUCUACGAUUCUUAAAAAUAUCUUCUUUUCGUGAUUCACAAAAGAAAGUCUUCAUUUUCAUUCAUUUUUGCCUGAAAAUGUUUAACGGGCCAAGCUGCUCCGUAGAGUACAAGCAAUGUGUGUCGAAUGCACUUAAAGACCUCAGUGACUGUAUGCAAUAGUGAGAGAGUUUUGCCAGGGUGGAGGUCUUUCACGUAAUGUGUACGCACUAUGACGCAAAGCAUUGGAAGAGCACAAUCGGAUUGGUCGCUGCAGACUCUAACCGCAGACUUUGGGUUGAGAAUCAGAGAGCGUCUGUUCAGAAAAGAACGAAUGAAUCUGCACAUACUGAUUCCCAACCUUCUGAUAAAAGCCCGAUCGAGAAAAAUGUGUAUCUUGCACUUUAACCCCUCCUCCCCCCGUCCCUCCUUAUCUUGCACUUUGCAGGCACUGUUAGGCUUCCAUUCUCCCAACCUUACAAGUGGCUCUGUGUUGUAUCAGCACCCUUUCGUAAAGGUCUCAGAUCAGUUUUUACCGAUGUCCAACACACGUGAGCUAUUACAUCUGAUCACAGUGCAGUUUGGAAAGGCGUUGUGAUCCAAACGCAGUGAAUGUUUAAGGGAAGUUUGUCCCAAUUUAGAAAACCAAUCUAUUUCAAACAAGAUGUUUUAAGCCAUAACGGUUCCCAUAAAGGAGACUAAUGAAGCAUAAUUUUGAUUCUUCCUCAGUUUGCAUAAAAUACUAUAGAAUGAAGAAAAAUAUAUCAUUUGCAACAGAAAUUAAUUAUCUAUUCCAAAACCUAAUAAUUCUCAUGGAGGUACUUGAAAUCAUGAAGAAAUGCCAUAAAAUUACUAGAUUACAUGUCACAAAUGGAAAAAAGCAUAAAUUAUUAAAAUAUAUUUAUCUAAUAAGAAGAAAAAAAUAAGCUCAAUGUUGCAUACAUACAUAUUUUAUUCUAAUAUUUGUAAAUGUAAUCUUAAUCUCAUAGUUGCUUAAGAAAACUAGGGUCGGUCUGUUGUGGUUUUAGGCAAAAGGUGCUAGUAGCCAAUCUACCUUAAGGAAUGUUGCGCAUGGAAUUGUGAACCAGUUACCAGUUAGUCCACAUUGCCAUGGAGCCCCACAUUUCUGACAUGACAUACUGUAGCAACUCCCCUUUUAAAGCUGCAAUCUGUCACAUUUUCCUCUCUAUCGCCAUCUGUGUUUAAAACAUAAAAUUGCAGGUAACUGACAUUUCAUGUGAAAUUGUGAAACCCGACAACUCAAUUUAUGAAUUAUAUUAUAAGCUUACGGUUGUGAAUAAUGGUAAGGUUUUAAAAAGUGAUUGUUUAUUUAACCCCCCUCCCAAAAUUACGGAUUGCAGCUUUAACUGUCCUGCACUAGAACUGAAGUGUCAUGCAUCAAAUGUCAAGUUGUUCUUUGGCUUGACACUAAAGCCCCCCGUUGCACUAAAAAGGUUGACUUGCAUUUACUUGGUCUGUAAAAACAUUCAUGUCUUUUGAGAACAUUGUGGAAGAAGAAUAGGCAAAAUAUGAUGGGUGUUGCCAUGUUAAAACCGAGUGAGGUGCUCCUACCGCAUAACAUUUUGUUGAGUUUGUUGUUGGCUAACAAAUGACCGAUUUGGGAACAAACGUACUGUAGGCAAGAACGAAUUGCAUGCACCAUCCCAUCGAACUCUCAACGUGUGUUCUUGUGUUGCUGCUCCGCCAUGACACUAGCAAACAUGCCCAACAAAACUGAUUGGAAAGUUGAAAACAGCGCCCCUAGUGUCGUGUUAUGAAUUGCAGUCUGACAUGUUUUAAAACCAUCUUGCAUGUAUUUGCGUAGAGUAUGUUUUGGGCUCUGUACCGACACUGAGCUGUAACAUUGCUGUCUUUAGUGUAGACAAGCAAUUGUACGUUGUGAGUUUCGAGUGUUGCCCAGUAGAGUGUAUUUUAGUUGUCACAUGACAUUUGCCAUCUCAAUGACACUAAAGGUGGUGUGUAGUUUCUGCUAGGAGUUUAGUGUGUGGCUUCGAUUACCCGUCUUCCUAGAUUAUGUGGCGUACACAUAUGCAGCCGUUUUACGAUCACGACACUGCAACAGAUUUAUUUUCAAAUCUAGCAAUAGCUUGCAGCCGAAAGCACUACUGCAAGGUUAAAUAUGAUUUCCAAAGCUUGGUGCGAACUGUAUUUACUUUCUUUUGCUUGUUUGCUUCCUUGUUUGUGACAUAGUUGCUUUAACAGUUUGCAUAUGAUCCUGCGCUUUUCUAUACAGGUCAAAGUAAAUGUCAUUUCGUCAAACAAUAUACACGGUUUGUGUGUGUGCGGGCGCGAGUGUGUGUGUAGGUGUGUAUCUUUGUAUUUAGUGCACUUGUAAUCCCAUGAAAUAGGCUUGAAUAUGGAGUGUCAGUAGAGAUUUUGGUGAAUUUGAUUGUGUGCUGUGGAUUUUUGUACUAAGGGGGUCUGUAGAAAGUGGAGCCUCCUUCCAGUUUUUAAAAAAUCGUUCUUUUCAUUCUUUUAACUGUUGCGUGAAAUGAGGAUUUCACAAGUUAGAAUUUUAUCCAUCUGUAUUCUGACGGUGAACGUCCUUAGAGAAGUUUACAAACAAAAGUAAUUGUGUUUGAUUUGAACUUAGUGCUAGCUUGCCCGUUGUGUCCCGGGACCUGAGAAAAGGGGGUCUUGCUAACAUCCUCUAUGUCCACCCGUUAACAUUUUGUCCCAGACCCUGUAAAUUUAAGCGACGUCCCUGGUCCAGGGUGCAAAAGGCUAGUCUGUAGAGAAAAGUGGACAUUUUAUUCAGAUGCUCUAAAAACUGUUAAAGCUAUUAAUACUUAUCAAAUAAUGACUGUAAUGAACAAAAUGAUCUUGUCCUUUAAAGUUUUUACCUAGGUUGUUGAGAGUUAUGAAUUUAAACUGUUAUUCUCUCUCUUCUUUCCCCUGGUGUAUUAACUGUGCAUUAAUACCCUUCAAAUAAUUAAUAAAAUGUUACAAAAGA